AUGGGACAGACAGUGACGACCCCCCUUAGCCUGACGUUAGGUCAUUGGACAGAAGUGAGAGCAAGGGCGCAUGACUUGUCGGUAGAAGUUAAAAAAGGGCUGUGGCAGACUUUCUGUACCUCCGAGUGGCCAACUUUUAACGUUGGAUGGCCCCCGGAGGGGACUUUUGACCUCUCCACUCUGCUUGCAGUAAAAGCUGUUGUUUUCCAGAAUUCAACACGGGGACAUCCGGAUCAGCAGCCCUACAUUGUGGUCUGGCAAGAAUUGGUGGAAAAUCCACCACCCUGGGUAAAGCCCUGGGUGCGAAAGAAAGCGAACUCUCGAGUCUUAUUGGCUCAGGCUCAACCUCAGGGAAAAGGGAAAGAGACCACUAAACCUCCUGCCUCUGCCCCGGCACCCGAGGCCCCGGCGGCCGAGGCCCCAGUGCCUCCAGCCCCGGCACCUCCAAUGCCUCUAGCCUCUGGUACCGAGGCAUCGGGGCCAGCCCCGGGACUGGCUGAGGGAACUCGGUGGCGCCGAGGGGCCGCAUUGGACCCAUCAGGUAUUUUUCCCCUCAGGUCUUAUGGGGCCCCCAUUCUCGGGGAGGAAGGAGACCCGCCUUUCCAACCUCUGCAAUACUGGCCAUUCUCCUCUGCCGAUUUAUAUAAUUGGAAAGCUAACCACCCUCCUUUUUCAGAGGAACCGCAGAGACUAAUGGGACUGAUAGAGUCCCUGAUGUUCUCUCACCAGCCCACUUGGGAUGAUUGUCAGCAGCUCUUACAGGUACUCUUCACCACGGAAGAAAGAGAAAGGAUCCUCCUGGAAGCAUGAAAGAACGUGCCUGGAGCUGACGGACGACCGUCACAACUCCCUCACGAUAUAGAAAGGGGGUUCCCACUGACCAGACCCAACUGGGACUUUAAUUCUCCAGAAGGUAGGGAGCGACUAACCAUCUAUCGCCAGGCUCUGGUGGCGGGUCUUCGCGGGGCUGCAAGGUGCCCCACCAAUUUGGCCAAGGUAAGAGAGGUUAGUCAGGGAGCCGCUGAGGCACCCGCAGUGUUCUUAGAACGCCUGAUGGAAGCCUUCAGGCGGUAUACUCCUUUUGACCCUUCUGAGGAACACAGUGCUUCAGUGGCUCUUGCCUUUACUGGGCAAUCAGCGCCUGAUAUUAGAAAGAAGCUUCAGAGACUAGAAGGCUUACAGGAUUUGUCGUUGAGAGAUUUGGUGAAAGAAGCUGAGAAAGUUUAUCAUAAGAGAGAGACUGAGGAGGAGAAGGAAUUAAGGAAGGAAAAGGAAAGAGAAAGGAAAGAGGAAAAGAGGGAUAGGAAGCAUGAGAGAAAUUUAACAAAAAUCUUGGCCGCAGUAGUAGAAGGUAAGGGACGCCCGCCCUCUAGUGGUAGAACUAGUAAGGCAGGGCACCUGGGCAACCGGCCUCCUUUGGAUAAAGAUCAAUGUGCAUACUGCAAAGAGAAAGGACAUUGGGUGAAAGAAUGCCCUAAAAAGCCACUGCAGAAGCCUCCAAAAAAGGUGUUGUCUCUGCUGGAAGAUGAAGAUUAGGGAAGACGGGGCUCGGAACCCCUCCCCGAGCCCAGGGUAACUCUGAAAGUGGAGGGGCAACCCGUUGAGUUCCUAGUAGACACCGGUGCUCAACAUUCUGUAUUAACUAAAGACAAGGGCCCUCUCUCUGGCAAAAAGUCUUGGGUGAUUGGAGCUACAGGCCAGAAACAAUAUGCAUGGACCACCCGAAGAGCAGUAGACUUAGGAGUAGGACGAGUAAGUCACUCGUUCCUCAUUAUUCCGGAAUGCCCUACACCCCUGUUAGGAAGGAACAUCUUAACCAAAGUAGGAGCCCAAAUAUCUUUUCAAGCUGAGAAACCUCUGGUGACUAAUCAGGAAAAUAAGCCUUUGGACUUGAGUACUCUGACCAUAAGAUUGGAAGAUGAAUACUGCCUUUUUAUGGAACCAGAGCCCUCCCGAAUUAGUCAGGAGUGGCUCGACCGAUUCCCAGGUGCCUGGGCGGAGACGGCGGGCAUGGGGCUCGCCAAGAACCAGCCCCCUGUAAUCAUAGAACUAAAAGCUUCAGCCUUGCCAGUGACUGUGAGGCAAUAUCCAAUGAGUAAAGAAGCCAGGGAUGGAAUUAGGCCACAUAUCCAGAAGCUUAUGGAACAGGGAAUAUUAGUAAAAUGUCAAUCCCCAUGGAACACCCCCUUGCUGCCUGUAAAAAAGGCAGGAACGGGAGAUUACCGACCAGUACAAGAUUUAAGAGAAGUUAACAAAAGCACACAGGACAUUCACCCCACCGAGCCAAAUCCCUAUAACCUACUAAGCUCCCAGGCCCCGAAAAACAUCUGGUAUUCAGUUUUAGAUCUAAAGGAUGCUUUCUUUUGUCUGCGCUUGCACCAGAACAGCCAACCGCUGUUUGCCUUUGAGUGGAAAGAUCCCACCACAGGAACUACUGGGCAAUUGACCUGGACUCAUUUGCCACAAGGAUUCAAGAACUCGCCCACCCUCUUCGAUGAGGCUUUACAUCAGGACUUAGCUUUCUACUGAGCUUCAAACCCACAGGUAACUUUGCUGCAAUAUGUUGAUGACUUAUUGAUAGCCGCUCCCACCCGGGAGACCUGCCAAGAGGCCACUGAAGCCCUUUUGACUGAACUUGCCAAAUUAGGGUAUAGAGCAUCUGCUAAGAAGGCACAGAUCUGCCAACAACAAGUGAUUUAUUUGGGAUAUUCCCUGAAAAAAGGGAAAAGGUGGCUUACUGAAGCCCGGAAGCAGACUGUGACGCAGAUUCCGUUCCCCACUACAGCACGCCAGGUUCGCGAGUUUCUGGGGACAGCGGGGUUUUGUAGAUUGUGGAUACCCAGAUAUGCUUCCUUGGCCGCCCCUCUGUACCCCCUUACCAAGGGGACAGCCCCGUUUGUUUGGGGAUCUGAGCAACAACAGGCCUUUGAUGAUAUCAAGAAAGCCCUCCUCUCAGCACCCGCUCUAGCAUUGCCAGACGUAACUAAGCCAUUUGUCCUUUUCGUGGACGAACGGAGCGGAGUAGCUCGAGGAGUGUUGACCCAACAAUGGGGACCUUGGAAGAGACCUGUCGCCUAUCUGUCAAAAAAAUUAGACCCCGUGAGUAGUGGGUGGCCUGCUUGCCUGAGAGUAGUAGCAGCUGUGGCCCUCCUAGUUAAAGAUUCUGACAAACUAACACUGGGACAAAAACUCACUGUGGUUGCUUCGCAUGCGUUGGAGAGCAUAAUCCGGCAACCACCCGAAAGAUGGAUGUCAAAUGCCAGAAUGACUCACUACCAGACCUUACUCCUGAAUCGUGAUCGUGUGGAAUUUGCCCCACCCGCCAUCCUAAACCCAGCUACUCUGCUCCCCGAUUUGGGAAAAGAAGUACUUCAUACCUGCCAGGAAAUCCUGGCUGAGGAGACGGGGACCCGCCAGGACUUACAAGAUCAGCCUUUAGAAGGACCAGGACUCCUGACUUGGUAUACAGACGGGAGCAGUUACAUUAUGGAUGGUAAGAGAAUGGCGGGAGCUGCAGUAGUGGAUGAUAACCGAAUCGUGUGGGCCAGUGGACUUCCAACGGGCACUUCUGCACAGCGAGCAGAGCUCGUCGCUCUGACUCAGGCUCUAAAGAUGGCAGAAGGUAAGAGACUUAACGUCUAUACCGACAGCCGAUACGCUUUUGCCACCGCUCACAUACACGGGGCUAUUUAUAGACAGAGAGGGUUAUUGACUUCUGCCGGGAGAGAUGUUAAAAACAAACAAGAAAUUUUAAAUUUGUUAGAAGCCAACCAUAGACCUAGAGAAGUGGCAAUAAUAUAUUGCCCUGGGCAUCAAAAAAGCGACUCUCUAAUAGCUCAAGGAAACAGAAGGGCGGACCAAGCUGCAAAACAAGCAGCCCAGGGAAUGAAUAUCUUACCCCUCCAAGUGUACCCAGAGGCCACUUGUAUUAAGAGCUUCCAGUAUACACCCGAAGACCUCGCUUGUAUAAACAAAUUAGGGUUUAAAAAUUCCUCACCCCACGAGAUACACAAGUCUGAGAAAGGGAGAGUUGUCCUGCCCCAGAGAGAGGCAGAAGAAUACUUAAGGCAAUUGCAUCAAUUGACACAUUUGGGAGCAAAAAACCUAAAGACCUUGGUUCAAGACUCCCCUUAUCAUGUUAUUGGAUUAGGAAAACUGGCUGAUGAGGUUGUAAGAAAUUGUGUUCCCUGCCAAUUAGUAAAUGUGAGUAAAAAUCCAGUAACAUCUGGGAAAAGACUUCGAGGGGAUCGCCCAGGAGCUUACUGGGAAGUUGACUUCACUGAGAUCAAGCCUGCUAAGUAUGGAUAUAAGUACCUUCUAGUUUUCCUAGACACAUUUUCAGGAUGGACAGAGGCGUUCCCCACCAAAACUGAGACAGCUCAGACGGUGACUAAAAAGAUCCUUGAAGAAAUAUUUCCCAGGUUUGGAAUCCCAAAGGUAAUUGGCUCCGACAACGGCCCUGCCUUUGUUGCCCAGGUAAGUCAGGGAUUGGCCAAGAUUUUGGGGACGGAUUGGAAAUUGCAUUGUGCAUACAGGCCCCAGAGCUCAGGACAGGUAGAAAGGAUGAAUAGAACUCUAAAAGAGACCCUGACUAAAUUAUCCAUAGAGACUGGUUUAUAUGAUUGGUUGGUCCUCCUUCCCUUCGCCUUAUUCUGAGUUAGAAACACCCCCAGCCGUUUUAGACUAACAGCCUUUGAAAUAAUGUUUGGAGCCCUGGCUCCACUAAAUGCAGCUCACCUCCACAUAUCCCCUGAAUCUGUGACUAAUAAGUUUCUGCUUGUAAGGUUACGGGCUCUGGAAGUUGUGCAGAAAGAAGUGUGGGCCUCUAUCCGAGAAGCCUAUCGGCCAGAGGACAUUUCAGUACCUCACCCGUUCCAAGUGGGAGACUCUGUCUACGUAAGGCGACAUCGAACGAAAAAUCUUGAGCCUCGGUGGAAAGGACCCUUCAUCGUCCUUUUGACCACACCUAUGGCUGUGAAAGUAGAUGGCAUCUCUUCCUGGAUACAUGCUUCACAUCUGAAGAAAGCGCCUCAACCAGACCCGGACUGGCGAGUAAUUCGAACUGAUAACCCUCUUAAAUUUCGCUUGUGUAAAAAUGAUUGUGUCACUAACAAUUCUAAUUCUAUUGACCCAGUUACUUCCCACCUUCCAGAACCCCAACCCCCAUGAACCCAGGUUACUCACAUGGCAAAUCAUUACCCCGGCUUCCCAACAAGUAGUAGUCCAGUUAACAGGACAACACCCUAGGGGAACUUGGUGGCCUACCCUCACUGUAGAUUUGUGCACUCUCUUCAAACAAGACCCAUGGUACGAAGAUAAAGUUGG